AUGAGUCUACGACACGUUACAAAAUACGACCUUGAUGAUGACCAUAUAAACAGUGUCAAUGGGAAUGGUGUAUAUCUUGAAGAAAAUAAUCCCUCAGAUGAUAGUUCCGAUAUUUCAUCCGACGAAGGAGAAGACGACAAUACGAAGUUGACUGCAAUAAUCAACAACCCCAUUGCAAACCAAAAUGAAAGUGAAGAUGACAUGUUUUCCAGUGAGGAUGAUAAAGAACCAACACGGAAACCACAACUACAACUACAUCAAGAUGAUGAUGAUGAUGAUGACAUGUUUGCCAGUGAUAACGACAACGAAAUCGAAUCUACUAACGAGGCCAAAAAAGUUCAGUUCUCCAAUAAUAACCAAACUAUACAUCUACUGUCCCAAUCAAGUGACAAUUCUAACAACAACGAUGAAUCUCAACUGGAACCAGAAGAAGAAGAUGAAGAUAGGAACGACUACUACAUCAAUGCAGAAGAGUUUACCACUUCUCAACAGGGCAAAAAACGACAACAACCAAAGAUUGAAGCAUUCAACAUGGAUCAAGAAGAACGAGAGGGUCACUUCAAUAAACUAGGCGAUUACGUAUCAAACAAACACUCAGGAACCGACCUGGAUGAAUCUCAAGAUGAAGAUGCAUGGACUACACAGUUUACUAAAUCAGAUAUACGUAAAGCCAAACUAGCUCAAGCUAAGCGACAACAAGAUGCUGAUGAGUCUAGUUCAGGGAGAAGCAUCAACUUGGACCCGAUUGAAUCUGUACUUGCUUCCUUAAUUGAGGCAUUAGAGCCGGUUGAAACGCCAAUGGAAGCAUUAGCUCGACUAAAUACUCAGCUUAAGCUGACAAAGAAGAGCAAGAAAAGCCAAAAGCCAAAAGACAAGAAGCAACUAGAUUCGUCAAUUGCUAAACAAAGUGUAUCUCAAAUCACAAACUUUUGUUCGAUAUUAGUCAAAAAUGAAACAAAGUUGCAUUUUGAUAAUGAUGUGUAUGAUAUGACAAGGGAGGAGUUCAUGAGAAAAUAUCAAACUCUCACUGGCCAUGAAUACAAGCGAUCAGCAGCCAGAGGUCUGGGACUAAAACGGCCACGAGAUGAUGAGGUUCCCGACACAAGUGGGAAACAACAAGAAGACCAAUAUCUGGAAUUGCAAGAAGAACAAGAUCCCCUUGAGGACGAGGUAGAUUACGGAGAAAAAAUAUGGGAAUUCAAAUGGCUAAAUGAUGAUGCCAACACCAUAAAUGGGCCAUAUUCGCAAUACGAAAUGAAGCAUUGGAAACAAAAUUAUUUUGAAAACGGGGUCGAAGUACGUAAAGUUGGUGAAAGUGCAUUUAGACAUAUACAAGAUAUAACUUUUUAG